AUGGAUAUCAAAACGUUGCUCGCCAAUCUUCAUGAAGAAGUAUCCUGCUCUGUGUGUAUGGUCACAUUUACUGAACCAAAGCAGCUUCCAUGUUUGCACAGCUUUUGCCUCCACUGUUUAGCAGGAAUCCAAAGAAACAGCGGCCGCCAUGAUGUUAUAACAUGUCCUGAGUGUCGAAGGGAGAGUCAAGUCCCUGGAGGAAAUCUUAAAGAUCUGCCCACAAACUUUCGCAUCAACAGCUUACUAGAUGUGUUGGCCAUAAGGGACUGCAGUUCUACUGGAGUCAAAUGCGGAAACUGCGACAAACGAAGAGUAGAAAGUUUCUACUGUUUUCAGUGCUGCGCGUUCUGGUGUGACGAGUGUAUCACUGGCCACAACAUUAUACGAGCAAAUAAAGAACACCGAGUUCUUGCACUGAACGAUUUUGAAGAUCAAGACAUCGAGGAUGUCUUAAAACGACCAGCAUUUUGCCCACGACCGGGCCACGAAAAGAAAGAAUUGGAAUUCUUCUGUAAGAAAUGUGAACAAGCCAUUUGCAGUUCUUGUGUUGCAACCACUCACGAUGGACAUGUUAAGAUAUUACUGGAAGAAGCGGCAAAUGAAAAGAAAUUGCAAAUCCUGUCUGAGACUGAAUCCAGAAAAGCAAAAGUGCAAAGAAUGAGAAACAAAAUAUCUAAACUUGACGAAACCUGUGAUAAAAUCCAAGCCCAAGUCGCAAAAGUAAAAAGAAGCGCGCAACAGUUUGCCGAAAGCAUGAUUGCUGUCAUCGAAGCCAAGAAACAGGAAAUCUUUUCUGAAGCGGAUCAUGAGGCACAACUGUACCUGGAACGUUUGCGAAUACAAAGGAUCGAGAUUGAAAACAAAGUAAAAAUGUUCGAAACAGCUGUAGGAAAAUCUGAAACACUAUUACAACGGAGCACAAACGCAGAGCUUGCACAGUUCGAUGACUCACAAAACACAACACUCUUGAAAGGAGUUGAUGAUGAGAGAGAAGAAGUCGACUGUAACCUUGAAUAUUUAAGUGAACUUAUUUUCGAGGAAAACGAAGCUUUGAAAACAAAAGCAAUCCACGAGGGAAUCGGCUCCAUUAGAGCGUUUCUCAGCAAGACCAGAGCGGAUCAAGCAACUGCUGAAGGAGAAGGACUCACUGAGGCGAUCGUUGGAAUUCAAGCGAAAUUUGUCUUGACGACAAGAAAUGCUGAAGGACGACAAUGCCACGACGAGCGUAACCGAGUAACAGUGGAAAUUAAAAAUCAGCAAGGCCAUGACUGUGCGACGGAAGUGCGAGUCCAAGAUAUUAAAGAUGGUAGCUAUAAAGUGGGUUAUUUUUCCAAAGAAACUGACGGCCAUUAUUUAAGUAAAUUCGGGGAUGAGGGUUCUUUUCCUUGUCCCUUUCACUGCAUACAAUAUGACAAAUAUAUGAUAGUGUCAGACGCAAAUGAACAUUAUAUCAAAGUGUUUGAUAGAAAUGGUAAUUUUUUAUACCAAUUUGGAAAUAAGGGGGAAGGGGAUGGAGAGUUCAAUUUCCCUUAUUGUUUAUCAGUUAACAAGGCAGGACACCUGAUGGUUUGUGAUGCACAUAAUCACAGAGUACAAGUAUUUGAGCUAAGUGGAAAAUUUGUAACAAAAUUUGGAUCAAAAGGAGAGAAAAAAGGAGAAUUUAAUGUCCCUACCUCUACUGCAGUGCUCAGUGAUGGUCGAAUAGUUGUAUCUGACUGUUUGAACAAUCGCAUUCAGAUAUUUGAAUAG